CCCGGCCCGGCCUGCGCCCUCCAGAUGUUCCUCUUCGCCACCGCGGGGGACGCCGAGUGUUGCCUGCUGGCCGUCAUGGCCUACGACCGCUACGCCGCCGUCUGCCGCCCGCUGCACUACCAGGCCGCCGUGCCGCCCUGCCUCUGCCGCGGGCUGGUGCUGGGUUCCUACGCGGCCGGGGCGGCCAGUGCGGCCGUGCACUCCGGCCUGGCCUUCCGCCUUCCCUUCUGCCGCGGCCGCACCCUUGACCACUUCUUCUGCAUCAUCCCGUCCGUGCUGGAGCUGGCCUGCGCCGACACCAGCCUCAACCAGGCCCUGCUGCUGGCCAUCUGCGGAGCCAUCCAGAGCGUCACCCUGCUGGCCAUCCUGGCCUCCUACGGGCUCAUCCUCGGGGCCGUGGGGCGGGCGGGCUUGCGCCGGGCUGCCUCCACCUGCGGCUCCCACCUGGCAGCUGUGGCCGUGCUCUACGGGACCAUCAUCUUCAUGUACCUGCGGCCCGAAGGCAGCUACGCCGCGCAGGCCGACAAGAUGGCCGCUGCCUUCUAUACCGUCGUUAUCCCCACCCUCAACCCUGCCAUCUACAGCCUGCGCAACGCCGAUGUCAAGGGGGCCCUGGCCAAGCGGCUCCUGGGUGGGCGCCGCAUCUGGGGGGGCUGA